UGGUGUGUGAUGUGGUGUCUGCUAGCAGUAUGAAUAUUUAUUGUGUUGAUAUUUGACAAUGGUACGUUAAUGAGAGCUCGAAUGAGUUCGAUUAUGUUUCCGCUCCCUAGCGGCUUGUUGUGAUAUUGUACAUAACGAGACGUUCGGGAAAUUCCUUCCUUUUUAUCUGAAUAUAAUACUGUCACCAAAUUGGAGUAGCAGAGGGCUGAUAAAGAAGUGACCAGAGGUAUGUGCAUCCUUGCAGCUUUUCUGGAACUGCAGGAGAGUUUUGUCAGAAUCUUGUUGAGGAUGAUCUCGCUCAUCAACAUGAAGUGAUGUUUCAAAUAUCUUUUUAUGUACCAUUUUCAUUACGAAAACGUAAACACUCAUUCGACAUGUUUCCAACCCCUCCUACGUAAACAUAAAGUGGAUUUUCCCAAGGAUAGAAGUGUAUACAAGCGGAUGUUGUUUUUCUAUCAUCACCUGUGAACCGACGGUCAAGCAACACUGAGAAACAUUUAAAGCUCCGGUCUAGAUAUACCACGUAUCAUUUGGCGUAUCUCGCUCAAUUUCUGGGACGCAGUGUUCACAUACGGCCUGUGCCUUCUUCUGUAAAGGAGAGAGUUCAGCAUCUACUGUUGAUUUCGUUGGGACACUUCUGCAUUCACGAUUUGUCCGGACAUGGCUUGGAAAGCGAUCUGUGUUCUCCUGGCCUUCAGUAUGACAGUCAUAACAACAGCCAGCGCUUCGGCGGCCCGGGAGCGCGUCACCGCCCCCAUCCAGCCGGGCAGCGACGUGGAGAACCUUCGGCGGCUCCUGCGCGACCACUUCGGCACGAACCGGCACCACGUCACCAACCCCAACCAGAAGUACGCCGUCAAGAGCUUCAUCUACCAGACGUUCAAGGACUACGGACUGCAGAUGGUGUAUCAUCUGUUUGUCGGCAACAGCACUAAGUUCCCCGGCGUGAACGUUGUGGGGCGCUGGCCGGGCCGGUACACGGACACGUCGCGCGACAAGCCGCUGGUGCUGAUGGCGCACUACGACACCUCGCGCAGCGGCGGCGGCGUGGACGACAACGGGUCCGGGCUGGCCGCCCUGCUGGAGUCGGCCCGCCUCAUCACCUCACAGCCCUGCCUGCAGGACCACACCAUCGACUUCGUCGCCGUGGAUCUGAAGGACCAGGAAAUAUCUAUCCCCGACGCAGCAUGUUGGCAAGGAAACUGCGGAAGCAGAGCUUACGUCACCGACAUGUUACUGCCCUACCUGCAGUUGAGCAACAUCGAGCCGGCCAACGUAGGGGGCGCUUUCGUCCUGGACUCUAUCCUGAACUACAACAGCACAGAAGGGUCACAAGGCUCCGAAGGGUUGUCGGACAUUUCUUCGACCCCAGGCAUCGCGAGAGCGUACGAAAACGUGCAGAAGGACAACUUUCGCGGGAACUUCAUCGGUGUCCUGGCCAGGGAGAGCUUCGACUACUCGCUAUACGGAGCUUUCGACUUAUCCUGGACAUUCGCGAACCCGGACCCUAAGUACAAGUUUCAGCUUGCGGAAAUCCCUAUCAAGGACGUUGCUAAGGACGGCCCCUCCAGCCCCUACUGGCCGGUGUACCAGGCGAUGACGCAGUUCGGGGAUCACUACAGCUUCUGGACCGAGAACCCCGACCUGAAGGCUGUGCUCAUCACAGACACGGGACUCUACCGUGGGAGAAUGACUAAGUGUUACCACCUCAGCUGCGACAACCUAAGCUGGAUCUCAGACGACAACCUCGGCUUCCUGAAGAAAACCACCGACGUCGUCUCGUCCUCUCUGCUCUACCUCGCAGGUUCGCCGGAGACGUGUCCUGACCCCGUGACCGCGGCUCCAGACGCCUUUAAGGAGGGUUUCGUGCUGAGGGGCACGGUGGAUCAGCACCUGGAGGCCCCAUAUGACAUCACCUUCCGGGUAGACACGUUCUCCGCGACCGGACUCGUCAGGGCCCGGGUGGUCGUCAACGAGUUUGCCUUAUCGACUAGAGUCGUAGGCCGGUUUGACAGCGUGUCCAAGCAGCUGAAUCUGCGCCUGACCGAGCCGCAGAUAGAGGCGCAGUGGGAUGUGGACGACGUGGUGAAGGAGAUGGCAUGGGCGAUGGGGGGAAGGGUGACGAAGAUCCAGGACAGCCUGCUGUACGUGGGUACGGCGAACUGGGGACCCAGGACGGAGUACCCACAGCAGGUGGCCUUCAACCUGUUUGAUACAGAUGCCGGUGAGUGA